AUGGCCCGGAAUGGUCUGCCAAGCUUGGAAGUUGUGCUUUUCUGCCUGUUGGCGAUUAGCAUCGCCAACACAGCUCGCGCGAUGGGCCCUUUCGCGAGAGGCAACACGUUCCCUGGAACAUUGAGAUGUAUAUUGCGUGCAAAUCUGGCGGCUAACGGCGUCGUUGGAACUAAGGGAGCGGCUAACUCGCAAGGCACGCUUGAUCUCUACGUGUACAGCUUCAGGAACCAUAUCAACGCGCGACCUUCCAGGCUUGCUGCUUCUACUAUCUCUCUUCGUCGCGACAGCCUCCGCAUUUAA